AGGGCGCACCCCCCCCGACUGGCCCGGCCCGCGGGGCCUUCGGCCGCCGCUCCCCGCCGCUGCACGCACCCUCCGCGGCCGGCCAGCCGCCGCGGGCAAUGGCGGCCGCCGAGAAGGCGGCGGGCCCCAACCCCAUGGACGCGCUGAAGCAGCGUACCGCGGCGGCGGCGGCGAUCAAGGAGAAGGAGGUGCAGGAGAAGCUGGAGAGGGUCAAGAAGGGCAUGGAGGAUGCCAAGAAGAGGCGGCGCGCGGAGGAGAAGGCGGCGAAGGAGGCGGCGGCGGCGGCCCAGCUUGCCAAGAAGGGCAAGACGGCGCCGGUGGAGGCGCCGUCGCUGGACGACCUCUACGGGGGCCUGCCACCCCCGGACCCGCUCAAGGAUAGUGACUUCGUGGCGAGGCAAAAGGAGAAGGACAACUGGCGGGCGCACCGCUUCCCGCCCCUGCCGCCAGAGGAGCCAACGAAGGUGAUAUUCCUGGACGUCGACGGCGUGUUGAGGCCCCUGACGGCGGGCGGCUUCCGGUCCAUGAUGGUGGACGGCGAGUGGGCCCUGCGCGCGGAGACCGCGGACUUCAUCUCCAGCUCCCUGCUGGCGCUGCGGCACAUAGUGGAAGAGACGGGCUCCCUUAUCGUGUUGUCCUCGGAGUGGCGGCGUGACCUACCCAUGCGGCAGGGGGUCGACAACGCCCUCGCCGAGUACGAGAUGCGACCCUGCGUGUCGUGGACGCCCACGGACCUGGCGAGAGACAUGGGGACCGAGAACCCCUUCAAGGCCUUCACCGAGCGCCGGGCCAGGGAGGUUAGCCAGUGGAUUUCGAACAACCCGCAGGUUAAGCAGUGGGUCGUGAUAGACGACAUCAACAUGGCCGACGCCGACGAGGGUCGGAAGGCGGGCACCCUGCUGAUGGCGCCCAGGAUAGUGCAAACGCACCGCAAGAUCGGGCUCACCAUGGAGCAGGCGAAGGCCGCGGUGCGGAUCCUACGGGGCGAGAAGCUGCCGCCGCAGAUCCUGCCCGUCCAGCCGCACAUCGAGCUCACCGGCUGAGCGCCGCCCGCUUCGAGGCCCCGCCGCGCCCCGCCCGGCGCGCUUCCGCCUCCCUCUCCCUCUUGCCACUGGACCGGGUUAAACCACGAUGGGGAUUUGCAGCGUCUAGAAAAGGAGCGCUCGCGCGUCGCCGAGGCGGAGUGAGACGGAGAGA